GCCGCAGAACAUUCGCAAGCGUUCCUGGACCUUCCCAGUGUUCUUUUUUUCUUCGCUAAAUCCCGAGGGAAAUCCUCCCGCACAACCACUUCAACCUUGCGUUAGUGUUUCUAAGCUCGCAGCUCCUUUUCCCCCUCAUCCAACGAAGUCGAAAGCAGAAUAGAUUCUCUCCAUGUUGAUCCGAAAAGCAGCGGCCAGGCUUGCAAGGUCUGCCCCAGUGGCAGCGCGCCGCCGGUUAUCUGUGGGAUCAAUUGUCGCCGGCGCUGCUCCGUCUCUCUUCUCUCCUGAGCUGGUAGUCUCUACCGCAUUCCGUGGGGUAGUUCCAUUUAUGGCAGUUAGAGAACGUGCCUCGGCUUUGGGCUCUUUUGCAAAGACUGGUUUUCUCAGUCGUCAUUACCACUCGCCCGCUCAGUCCGGUCAUGGAAACCCCUCCCAGAUUAAUCAGGGGGAAUUCACUGAAAUGGCAUGGGAAGCUAUUAUUGGUGCUGUAGAUGCUGCAAGAAUGAGUAAACAACAAGUGGUGGAGACCGAGCAUCUGAUGAAAGCCCUUUUGGAGCAGAAAGAUGGUUUGGCUCGAAGAAUAUUUACGAAGGCCAACAUUGACAAUACUACAGUUUUGCAAGCAAUAGAUCAAUUUGUUUCUUCACAGCCGAAGAUAGUUGGUGAUACGAGUGGGCCAAUUGUGGGACAAAAUCUAGUCUCUCUUCUGGACACCUCGAAGAAGUAUAAGAAGGAAUUUGGUGAUGCCUUCUUGUCAGUGGAACACCUUAUAUUAGCAUCGUGCUCAGAUAAGAGAUUUGGGCAACAGUUAUUCAAAACCCUUGGGUUGAGCGAGAAAGAUUUGAAGGAUGUUGUAUUAGCUAUACGUGGCAGUCAAAGAGUCACUGAUCAGAAUCCCGAGGGAAAGUAUCAAGCACUAGAAAAGUAUGGUAAUGACUUGACGGAACUCGCAAGGCGUGGCAAACUAGAUCCUGUCAUAGGCCGCGAUGACGAAAUUCGACGCUGUAUCCAGAUACUUUGUAGGAGAACAAAAAACAAUCCUGUGAUUAUCGGCGAGCCGGGGGUUGGAAAGACUGCUAUUGCUGAAGGAUUAGCUCAAAGAAUUCUUCGCGGAGAUGUCCCCGAACCCUUGAUGAAUAGAAAGCUGAUCUCUUUGGAUAUGGGCUCAUUGCUUGCGGGAGCGAAGUUUCGUGGGGAUUUUGAAGAAAGAUUAAAGGCUGUUCUGAAAGAAGUUACGUCUUCUAAUGGACAGAUUAUAUUAUUCAUUGAUGAGAUUCACACAUUGGUUGGUGCAGGAGCUACAGGUGGAGCAAUGGACGCUGGAAACUUACUUAAACCCAUGUUAGGCCGAGGAGAGCUUCGUUGUAUUGGAGCCACCACCUUGACUGAAUACAGGAAAUACAUCGAGAAGGACCCUGCUUUGGAACGGAGAUUUCAGCAGGUUUAUUGUGGUCAGCCAUCUGUGGAAGACACAAUAUCCAUCUUACGCGGGCUCCGUGAGCGCUACGAAUUGCAUCACGGUGUUAAAAUAUCCGAUAGCGCUCUCGUCUCAGCCGCUGUUCUUUCAGACCGUUACAUCACUGAUCGUUUUUUGCCUGAUAAAGCCAUUGAUCUUGUUGAUGAAGCUGCUGCUAAGUUAAAGAUGGAAAUAACAUCCAAACCUAUUGAAUUGGAUGAGGUGGAUAGAGCAAUACUGAAGUUAGAGAUGGAGAAGCUCUCAUUGAAAAAUGACACCGAUAAAGCUUCAAAGGAACGGCUAAGCAAGCUGGAAGCUGAUCUUGCAGUAUUAAAGCGAAAGCAGAAGGAACUUUCUGAGCAGUGGGAGAACGAGAAGAACCUAAUGACUCGAAUACGUUCGAUUAAAGAGGAGAUUGAUCGGGUGAACUUAGAGAUGGAAGCGGCUGAACGUGAGUACGAUUUGAACCGUGCUGCAGAGCUCAAAUAUGGUACUCUCAUGUCCCUUCAGAGACAGCUAGUGGAAGCAGAGCAUAAACUCGAAGAAUUCCGCCAAUCCGGACAUUCCAUGCUUAGGGAAGAGGUCACUGACAUCGAUAUAGCUGAAAUUGUGAGCAAAUGGACCGGCAUUCCGAUUUCCAACCUCCAGCAGUCAGAGCGGGAUAAGCUGGUUUCAUUGGAAGAGGUUCUACAUAAGAGGGUAGUUGGCCAGGAUAUCGCCGUGAAAUCUGUUGCCGAUGCCAUACGAAGAUCACGAGCGGGGCUCUCGGAUCCCAAUCGCCCGAUAGCGAGCUUCAUGUUCAUGGGUCCAACUGGAGUAGGCAAAACUGAGCUUGCUAAAGCACUGGCGGGCUACCUUUUUAACACGGAGAAUGCUCUUGUGAGGAUCGACAUGAGCGAAUAUAUGGAGAAACACACAGUUUCUCGCUUGGUUGGUGCUCCGCCUGGUUAUGUUGGGUACGAAGAAGGGGGACAGCUAACCGAGGUUGUUAGGAGACGGCCUUACUCUGUUGUUCUUUUUGAUGAGAUUGAGAAGGCACAUCAUGAUGUCUUCAACAUACUGUUGCAGCUACUGGAUGAUGGAAGGAUCACUGAUUCACAGGGAAGGACUGUUAGUUUUACAAAUACAGUUAUAAUAAUGACAUCUAAUAUUGGAUCACAUUACAUACUUGAAACAUUGCGUGGAAGCCAUGAUUCUAAAGAAGCUGUUUAUGAGCUAAUGAAGAAACAGGUGGUUGAGUUGGCCAGGCAAACAUUCCGGCCAGAAUUUAUGAACCGAAUUGAUGAAUAUAUUGUUUUUCAGCCGCUUGAUUCUAAAGAAAUCAACCGUAUUGUGGAGAUCCAGUUAAAUCGUGUGAAAGACAGACUCAAGCAGAAGAAAAUUGAUCUGCAAUACACUAAAGCAGCAGUUGAGCUGCUGGGCACCAUUGGUUUUGACCCUAACUUUGGAGCAAGACCUGUAAAGAGAGUUAUUCAGCAAAUGGUGGAGAAUGAGGUCGCUCUUGGAGUUCUCAGAGGAGAUAUUAUGGAAGAGGACUCGGUUCUGAUCGAUGCUCUGAAGGCUGAGUUGAUCGUCAGGAAAUUGAAGAAUGAAUCAUCAGGUAAUGUGCUGGUAGCUAAUCAUUAAUUACAUAUUUUAAAGUAUUUAUUACAGUUUGAUAUUUACUGAGAGAAAAUGAGAACAAUUUUGUUUGUAGAUAUGGAUUGAGAAUUUUGGGACUCUUGUUGUAGUAGUAUUGUGAUUAGUCAUUUGGUCAUUUAUUCUAAGUUGUUUUGGUGAAAAGUUAUUGUUAGAUUGGUAUUAGUAUUGAGGCAAAUGUGCAAAUUUUGGUGUGCUUAGAAUAGUUAUGAUAGGAGUUGGCGAUUAAUGGGGAAAGCAAUUCUU